UGGUUAGGUAUAAGACAAACCAAAACCUUUCUUAAAUACGCUUGAAUAAUGAUUUCAAGAACUUUUAUAAAUAGUUGCAAAUUUAUCAAACGUUCAAGCAGCAUAAUCCCCCUUAGAACAAUUACUGCAAAUGUGAGUGCAGUAAACAGCCAAUACUCAACUUUGAUUCCAAGCAUACAAACUUUAUGUGAGCCACCGAAAUUUGUGUAUACCAUUAGGUAUUAUGCAAAAGGAAAAGAUAAAAAGAAAGAAAAAGGGAAAAUGAAAGUACAAAUAAACAAGUCUCAGAUUUCUGAAUAUGUAAACGUGGACACGUUAAAAAAUCAAAUGCAAAGGGCAAUAGAUCAACUAAAAGACGACUUUGUGAAAAAUUUGUCAAUCAGGUCUGCGGCAGGUUCCAUUGAAAUGAUUCGUGUUAAUCUGGACGGCAAAGAACACACAUUACAAGAACUAGCCCAAAUAGUAAGAAAGAACCCGAAAACUAUAGUCCUGAAUAUGUCAGUCUUCCCGCAAGCUAUUCCUGCCGCUUUAAAAGCAAUAGAGAAGUCUGGUAUGAACUUAAAUCCCCAACAGGACGGGACUACGAUUUAUAUUCCAGUUCCAAAGGUUACUAAAGAAUACAGAGAGGGUCUUGCGAAAAGUGCCAAACAGCUAUUUGUUAAGUGUAAGGACUCUAUAAGAGACGUGCAAAUAAAAUAUGUGAAACAAGUCAAGAGGAAAGAUAAAAUUUCCGAAGACACACUUAGGAGCGUUGAAAACCAACUCAUCGCUAUUGCAGAUAAUUUCAUUGCGGAAGCUGAGAAAAUGUUAGAGAACAAAAAGAGUGAACUUAUUGGGAAAGAUUAGGCUUCUGAAGAUUUAUUUUUAUUUGAUAAUGAAUCUGAAAAUGCGUUGGGUACAACGGCUUCAAACAGUGUGAAAUUACAGAUUUGAUUUUAUAAAUAUAAGCUCAAAUAUAAAAUUUU